CAGAGACACUGGAGAGACAGGGAGAGGGAUAGAGAGUCUGAGCUGACUCAGCACGCAGCACUGAAACACUUUAACUUAAAGCAGUCGGUGUGUUUCUACCUGACCGGGCGCUGCUUUCGUGUUUCUGCCUCCUCUUCCGGGCAGUUCGUCCAGCUCUGUGACUGUGACCUCUCAUGGUCUCUUUUUACAUGUCAACCCGAGUUGCCGUGGUAACUGGAAGUAACAAGGGCAUCGGUCUGGCCAUUGUCCGAGCGCUCUGCAAACAGUUUGAAGGAGAUGUUUACCUCACUGCCAGAAAUGUAGGCCGUGGUGAGGCAGCGGUGAAGGCUCUGAACUCAGAGGGACUGAAGCCCAUGUUUCACCAGCUGGACAUCGACGAUCUGAACAGCAUCAAAACCGCCGCCGAGUUUUUCAAACAGAAAUACGCAGGAGUGGACGUCCUCAUCAAUAACGCUGCGAUAGCAUUCAAAGUGGCAGACACGACUCCGUUUGGCACCCAGGCGGAGGUGACCGUCAAGACAAACUUCUUCUCCACCAGAAACAUGUGGACUGUCUUCAGUGAGAUCAUCAAACCUGGAGGUCGUGUGGUGAACGUCUCCAGCAUGGUUAGCAUCAGUGCUUUGAACAAGUGCAACCUGGACCUCCAGCAGCGCUUCCGCAACGAGAACAUCACAGAGGAGGAGCUGGUGGAACUGAUGCAACGAUUUGUCGAUGAGGCCAAGAAAGGCGAACAUAAAGAGCGCGGCUGGCCUGACACGGCCUAUGGAGUGUCUAAAAUUGGAGUGACGGUGCUGUCCAUGAUUCAUGCUCGUCGUCUGACCAAGGAGAGACCGAAUGACGGGAUCCUGUUGAACGCCUGCUGCCCAGGAUGGGUGCGCACCGACAUGGCUGGACCAAAAGCUCCCAAGUCGCCAGACGAGGGCGCUGUCACGCCGGUCUACCUGGCUUUGCUGCCACCUGGAGCCAAAGAGCCUCACGGACAGUUUGUCUCUGAAAAGACCGUUCAGAAGUGGUGAUGAGCGUGUGAGAUCGAAGCGUUUCCACAUCAACGAUAACAAAACUGUGAAACAAUUAAAGGAAAGUUACCCAACAUAACAAACAACCAGUAACAUAAACUGACAUUGCUAAAGCUCGGGGAUGGACUUUUUAGGACAGAGUUUAACUCUUAUCCAAAUAGUUUGGUAAUGAAACCAAAAUUGUUCGUUUUAUUCUCGGUAACACUACAGUACUGUACUAUGUGCGUGUCUGUUAGCUGGAACGCAUCAAAAUGAAAGUGAAUCCGUGAAAUGUUGAAUUGUCGACAAAGCCUUCAUUACAUAACAUUUUCAUAUCUUUGACUUCAUAUACUUGCCUUAACUGGAUGAAGCUAAUUGUUCAGAAUUACUAGAAAAUGUAUUUGUUUUAUACAAAAUGCUGAGGGUUUUGUGUUUGUUUUAAAUAAAACAUUUGGAUCUCAAGUCAAAAUACCAAAUAAAGUGACUU